UACUACUAUAAUGAACCAAUCCCUGAAACCUCUACUUUAACUUCACAAAAUAAUGAACAAUAUCCAGUAACUACAAUGCUUCUUUCUUUUGCAACACAUGAAACACAACCUCAACCACAAUUUACAACACCCGAAGCUUACCA